AUGCAGGGGCUGCUGCUGUGGCCCCUGGUAUUGGGGCUCAGCCUUGCAGGUGGCACCCAGACACCCAGCAUUUAUGAUGAAAGUGAGAACACUGGAGGAGACCAUGAAGGUAUUUUGAGACCCUCGGCUACACCCAAGGAAAGAAAGUCCCCCAUCCAGCCUCAGCCACGCGGCUUUCCAGGCAAGUUCUGCGCCAACGACAGUGACCUGCUGGAGCUCCCAGCCAGCGCUCAGGAACUGCUGUUGGGCUGGGUGCCCACGAGGCUUGUGCCUGCCCUCUAUGGGCUAGUGGUGACCAUAGGACUCCCCACCAAUGGGCUGGCACUGUGGGUGCUGGCCACACGGGUGCCACGGUUGCCCUCCACUGUGCUGCUCAUGAACCUAGCAGCUGCUGAUCUCCUGCUGGCCCUUGUGUUGCCACCACGGCUGGCCUACCACCUGCUGGGCCAGCACUGGCCUUUUGGAGAAGUUGCCUGCCGGAUGGCCACGGCCGCCCUCUAUGGCCACAUGUACGGCUCGGUGCUGCUGCUGGCCGCUGUCAGCCUGGACCGCUACUUGGCCCUUGUGCAUCCUCUACAGGCGCGGGCACUGCGUGGCCAGCGCCUGACAGCCAUUCUCUGCACAGCAGCCUGGCUCACUGCAGCUGCCCUGGUUUUGCCCUUGACCCUCCAGCGGCAGACUUUCCGGCUGGCACACUCGGACCACAUGCUGUGCCAUGAUGCACUGCCCCUCGAUGCCCAGGCCUCCUAUUGGAGGCCAGUCUUCACCUGCCUGGCUGUCUUUGGCUGUUUCCUGCCAUUGCUGGUUAUGCUUCUGUGCUACGGGGCCACCCUGCACACACUGGCAGCCAGUGGCCGGCGCUACGGCCAUGCACUGAGACUGACUGCCUUGGUGUUGGCCUCAGCUGUGGCCUUUUUCACACCCAGCAACAUAUUACUGUUACUUCAUUAUUCAGACCCAAGACCAGAGGCCUGGGGAGAUCUCUACGGUACUUAUGUGCCCAGCCUAGCACUCAGCACCCUCAACAGCUGCGUGGACCCUUUAGUGUACUACUAUGUGUCCAAUGAGUUCAGAGACAAGGUACGAGCCGUGCUGUUCUGCCAGCCACCAGUGGGCAGCACUACCUCCAAGGCCUCUGGGGAGGUAGGGGUCACCCGCUCCUCUACCCUUCUGUGAUAGCGUCUUGGAGUGUGGCCAGGUAGGGGCACAAAGUCUGGCCAUAUGGAUAUGAACAGCAACCCCCCCCCCCCCGAAACUCACAUCCUUCCUGGACCCUCUGAACAUGACCUUAUUUGGGAACAAUUCGGUCCUGAGUGGACAUGAAGAUAAUGGCUUGUGUCCUCAUAGGAAAAUGAGAGACCUGAGCAUGGUGGGGCAUGCCUGUUAUUUCAUUACUGGGGAGCAGAAGCAGGAGGAUCAGGAGCUUAAGACUAGCCUCUGCUGAAUAUUGAGUUGUAGGCCAACCUGGAACACAAGGGACUGUCUGAAUGAAUGAAUGAAAAAGAAGAGGAGGGGCCAUAGAGACACAAGAUGAGAACUUGUGACUCCAGAGGCAGACUGGAGUGAUGAGGCCCAAGCUGAAGGAUGCUGAGGAGACUGGGCUCACUACAGGUCAGGAGUAAAGCAGAGGACAUACUCUUCCUCGUAGCCUCAGAGGGUUCCAGACCUGCCCAGGCCUUGAUCUUGGACCUCUGCCU